AUGCAGGUUCCCUUGCGUCAGAAGCAGAGAAAGAAAACUCAAGGGUUUUUCACGAUGAGUCGGAGGAGGAUAUCCUGUAAAGACCUGGGACAUGCUGACUGCCAAGGGUGGCUGUAUAAGAAAAAAGAAAAAGGAACUUUCCUGAGCAACAAAUGGAAAAAGUUCUGGGUAGUGCUGAAGGGAACGUCGCUCUACUGGUACAGCAAUCAAAUGGCAGAGAAGGCUGAUGGAUUUGUCAACCUGCCCGAUUUCACUGUGGAGAGAGCAUCUGAAUGCAAGAAAAAGCAUGCUUUUAAGAUCAGCCAUCCACAGAUCAAGAUCUUUUAUUUUGCAGCUGAGAAUGCACAGGAAAUGAGUGUGUGGUUAAACAAGCUUGGGAUAGCUGUAAUCCAUCAUGAUUCUGCUACAAAGGACGAAGAAUGCUACAGUGAGAGUGAACAGGAGGACCCCGAAAUAGCUGUGGAGACACCACCCCCUCCUUACUCUACAGAGACUUUCUCUCCUUUGGCUGCACAGCAGGCAUCUUCCUCUUCACCCAAAUCCUGUUCUUCCUCUUCCUCGGGAAGUACAAUAAAGACACAGAGCAGUUUGGCCUCCUUAUCUAGAGAGAGACAGUCCUGGAUCGACAUGGUGAAUAGUUCCGCCGGUGCUGACGUUGAGGGACAGUCUAUAACAUUUGCUGUGCAUGUUCAAUCACCUGCACCCUCAGAGGCAAACAGUUGCAGGGCUCUGGACAACAGCUUUGCCACAUCAGAAAGUGGAUUUUUGAACUCUGUGUCUAGUGAUGACACUUCUUCACUGAAUAGCAACCUGGACCAUCUUAUUGUCCCAGACAAGCCCCCUGGAUCAAAGAUGGCGGACAGAGAAGAAACAAAAUUAUCUGAAGAUGAUGAAAUGGAGAAACUCUACAAAUCGUUAGAACAAGCUAGUCUCUCUCCUCUUGGGGACCGUCGACCUUCAACCAAAAAGGAGUUGAGAAAAUCCUUUGUUAAGCGAUGUAAGAAUCCAUCUAUAAAUGAGAAACUUCACAAAAUCCGAACCUUGAAUAGCACAUUGAAGUGUAAAGAACACGACCUGGCCAUGAUUAACCAGUUGCUGGAUGAUCCGAAGCUGACAGCCAGGAAAUACAGGGAGUGGAAGGUGAUGAACACCCUACUGAUCCAGGAUAUCUAUCAGCAGCAGCGGGCCCCCACGUCUGCCCAUGAAGGCACCCCCGAGGGACUCGAGAAACCACCUUCCUCUGCCUGUGUUGAAAAUUCUAUUUGA